CGGCGGUGCACUAUCAGCACUCUCUAUACAUUGAUGGAAGAAGAAGAAGGAAGGAAAAAUGGCUUCACCUGCUGGUUGUGAGCACUACAUGCGUAGCUGCUUAUUGAAAGCACCCUGCUGUGGUAAACUGUACGUGUGUCGGCUGUGCCACGAUGCAGAGGAGAAUCACCAGAUGGAUCGAUUCAAAGUCAGAGAGGUGCAGUGCUCUUCGUGUGAGACGAUACAACAGGCACAGCAGACUUGCCAGGAGUGUCAUGUGCAGUUUGGGGAGUAUUACUGUGACAUUUGCCACUUGUUUGACAAGGAUAAGAAACAGUAUCACUGUUUACCCUGUGGAAUAUGCAGGAUUGGGCCCAGGGAGAAAUAUUUCCACUGUGACAAGUGCAAUCUGUGUUUAGCGCAGGAUCUGCGAGGAAACCACAAGUGUGUUGAAAAUGUUUCAAGGCAGAACUGUCCAGUGUGUAUGGAGGACAUCCACACCUCUAGAAUUGGAGCACAAGUUCUUCCAUGUGGCCAUCUUCUACACAAGACCUGCUUUGAUGACAUGAUCCGAACUGGUGCUUAUCGCUGCCCUCUUUGUAUGCACUCUGCCUGGAACAUGGAGGACCACUGGGAUCAGAUAGACAAAGAGAUCGCCCAGUCACCGAUGCCCACUGAAUACCAGGGUGCUACUACCAAAAUUAUAUGUAAUGACUGCCAAACCCACUGCACGGUGCCUUUCCACGUCCUGGGGAUGAAGUGCACCGGCUGCGGCUCCUACAACACGGCCCAGGACGGAGGACUCAUACAGCAGCCUCCAGAACAGCAGCCACCAGAACAGCAGCCACCAGAACAGCAGCCAGAACCGGACAAUGAAAACGAGACAGAAACAGACACGGAGCCAGAGCAGCAGGAGCAACCUUCGGCAUCCACACCAAAUAAUAAUAAUGAUGAUAAUAAUGAUAAAUAACACAUUUAAUUUGUACCACACUUUUCAUUCAUAGUGAAACUCAAAUUGCUACGAUAUUAAUGAUAUAGGACACACAACAUGCAACAUUAGAAUUACAUUGACAUUUGUUAUUUUAGAUAUUUGGCUGAUGCACUUAGUUGUAGUAAAUUACACUGAGUGUAUCAGUAUGAGCCAAUAUUCCUAGAUUUUACACAUGAUUAAAAAAUCCAUCUGUUCUCUCUACCCUGCUUGUUCUCUACAGAGCUGUAGAGGGCUACAGCGCCUCUCAGCAUCUAUUGGGCAAGAGGCAGAAUACUUCAUGGACAUAUUGUCUAUCACAGGACUAACACGCUCAUUCAUGCACGUACAGGCAAUUUAAAGUCAUGUCCAUCUGACAUGCAUGUCUUUAGACUGUGGGAGGAGCCCACACACACUGGGAGAACUUGUAAACUCCACACAAACGCUCUAGCCAACUGUCUGAUUCAGACUCAGGACAGUUUUGCUGGGGACUGACAGUCUAACCACUGAGCUUCCUUGUGGCACCACUAUGAAGAAAUUAGCUGGUUAACUACUUCAAGUGAUGAAUUUCUGGUACUUUAAGACUGUGACUGGUUUCUGUUGAAUUCAGAGGGGCAUGCCACAUGUCCUCAUUAAACGUUAUCAGUAAAAGACUGUGUGAACAAGGGUGUCUGCUUAUACUUUAUCUACAUGUGCACAAGAUCUGACUGUGUAGGUCUUCAAAUUUCUCAGUUUCUUUUAUUCCUGCCAUAUUAUAAUAAUUUCAUUAUGUACAAUAUGGGAAUUCACCUGUAAUUUAUAAGGUGGGAAAACUGCAGACUGGGUCUUUAACCAGCUAAUUUUCAAAUGCUAGUAAAGGGGUGACAUUUUACAUGGAGAAUUUGCCUAUUUGUUUUAACAAACUAAUGUAACAUAAUUACAACUGCGACGCAAAAACCGCAUUGAGUUUUUUCUACUCAUAAAAUUACAGAAGUUACAGUAGUUUUGAGCUGCUGUAAAAAAAAUUCAAACAAAUCUCUCCAGAAUCAUGUUUAUUUUUUGCA